UAUGUCCUCUAUCCCCAAUUUCCGGUUUCCUCCUCAAAGCCUCCUGGAGAGGAGGAGAAGAAGGAGGUGAGCUGCCUCUGUCUCUCCUUCCAGCCCUCCUUUCCUUUUUGGGGGCCAUUGGGUCCUUCUCUCCCCAGAAGGGCUUUUCUGGUGAACUUGGAGGAAGUGUUUGUGCAUUUUAUCAAGGAGGAGUAGUGAUCUGGAACCAACAGCACAGGGAAAUCAUGGAGGAGAGUGAUGGGGCAAUGGUCUCUCUUGGUGCUGGCUAUCCAAUCCGAGAGGUGGCACUAGCUUCAACAGCAGAGAAGCCAUGUUCUAACUCUCUGAAUACAAGAACUGUCAUCCGCCAUGGCUCUAAGUUCAGAAACCCAGUUUGGGAAGUUCCAAAUGAAAGAGCUGGUUCUCGAGUUUUUAAAAAUGGUCCUUCAGAUGUGUUCGGUGCUGUGUCUGAUAGCUUUCCCACUUCGCCAGCAGCUCAGUCUUCCUGUGACAGUUUUGGUGAUGAAGGACCAGGUGAGGUGAUCACCAUGUCAGACAACUCCCCCAAUUCACUGGCAGCUCAAUCAUCCUAUGACAGUUUAGGUGAUGAUGAACUUGAUAGCAGCAACUGCAUUGAAUCAGGGACUCAAGAGCUGGAGCCAACUUCCUCAACCACAGAAGAGUCAAUUUCGAAUUUCCUGGAAACAGGAGAGAAACCAUUUAAAUGUCAGGUGUGUGAGAAACGGUUCAAUCAGCGAUCGCACCUCAAGAGACACCAAAUUGUUCACACAGGCGAGAAACCUUAUAAAUGCCACGUGUGUGGAAAAGCCUUUACUGAGAAGAGAAACCUCACGGCACAUUUGAUGAAUCACACUGGUGAUAAACCAUAUAAGUGUGAAGAGUGUGGCAAGAGCUUCAGUCAGCAGUCACAUUUAAAGAGACAUGAAAUUGUUCACACAGGCGAGAAACCACAUAAAUGCCCUGAAUGUGGAAAAGGUUUUUCUGAGAAGAGAGACCUCGUUGGACAUCAAAUGAAUCACACAGGAGAGAAACCUUUUAAAUGUGGGGAAUGUGGAAAGAGCUUCACUCGGAAGUCAAUCUUCAAUUCACACCUAACAAUUCAUACAGGAGAGAAGCCGUAUAAAUGCCAGGAAUGUGGGAAAGGUUUUAGUUACAGUUCAGGACUCAUUUUACAUCAAGUGAAACACACAGGAGAGAGACCAUAUAGAUGUUUAGACUGUGGGAAAUCCUUCAGUCAUCAGUCAAAUCUUAAGAGACACCAAACUAUUCAUGCAUGGGAGAAUCCAUAUAAAUGUCAAGAGUGUGGGAAAAGCUUUGUUGAGGAAAAAAGCCUCAUUACCCAUCAACUCAAUCACACAGGAAAUAAACCCUAUAUUUGUUUGGAGUGUGGAAAGACCUUCAGUCAAAAAUCAACCCUUAACGCACACAUAUUGAUUCAUACAGGAGCGAAGCCCUAUCAGUGCCUGGAAUGUGGGAAGAAAUUCACUCAGAGGUCAAACCUCAGUAGACACCAAAUGAUUCAUUCAGGGGAAAAAUCAUAUGUAUGUUUUGUGUGUGGAAAGGGCUAUGCUGAGAAGAGACUCCUAAUUUUGCAUCAGAGGAAACAUAUUGGUUAACUGCCAAGACCUGGAAUGUGUAAAGAACUUCAGCUGGAUAUUGAACCCCAGUAAUCAUCCAGUUAUCCACGCAGGAGAGACUCACGCACCAGUAAUUGGCCAUCCCAGGUUCCAUAUGUACUGCCUGCUGUAAAAGAGUACAAUUGAUACCUCCAAAUGGGUGCUUAGCAUCCACUGGACCCCUUACCAUAUCUUUAGGUCUGUGCUGAUGUUGUGGAACCUCCUGUGCUUCAUUCAUUCCAAUGAUACAGCUGUGUCCUGUGUUGUUUUUCUUCUGGGCUGCAAGUUAUACAGUAUCUUUCGUUUGUUGUUGUGUGUCUUCAGGCCAUUUCUGACUGAAUGGCAACCUUAAGAUGACCCUACCAUAAUGUUGGCAAGAUUUGUUCAGAGGAGGUUUGCCAUUGGCUUCUUUUGAGACAGAGCAUGUGACUUGCCCAAGGUCACCCAAUGGGUUUUAUGGACCAGCAGGUAUUCGAACCCUGGUCUCCAGAGUCAUAGUCUAACAUUCAAACCACUACACCAUGCAGGCUCUCAAGUUAUAUCUGUUAGUGGCCCCUUCCCUUGUUCUAAAAAUGUCAUUGAAGUUUGCAGACAUCCACCUACACCUGAAGUACAGCGAAUGACCAAUGACCACGUUAUUUCAUGUAUUUUGGGGGGAGUUAGUUUGUAUAUUUCUGUUCUAGAAAAUUCAUGCAGAUUUGCAAGUGGCUCUCUGUGGGAUGGGUCUGGGUUAGUUGAGUCCCCUAGAGUUUGCCCAGAAUGCAACCCAUUUUCUCAUUGAUGCUGUCCCAGAGGAAAUUCUGUGGCACAUUUUGUGUUGUUGGUGAAGCAGGUCUGAGGGAGAUUUGAAAGAGGAAAGGAACCAGAAAAUCUGAAUAAAAGGCACUAACUAGCUAGCGAUAACGGGGAACGGGAAAUGCUGCCCAAGUGCAGUCUACCAGUGCAUAUUGAAGCCUCGCUUUUGUUCAGUAUAUAGUUGAUCACAACAUGAGCAUCACAGAACCAGUCUUUUAGUGGGAUAAACUACUUAGCACUAGUAAGGAGGAUCCAGAGGGAUUGAAGAAAAGGUUGUAAUAGUCAUGUAUUGUAAGGGAUGCCUAAUUUUACACAUCUCAUAUCUUCCUUUACUUGCCAUUUUCCCGAGAUAAACAGCUACAGACGUUGCAACCUCUCCUCAUUAGGUGAGUUGCUUCUGGGGAUGAACUUAGAAUAUGGUGCACUGGACAAGGAGUGUCUUUGAGUGGCCCUUUAUAGCUUGCAGGGCUACUUGGCAGAUUUGUGGACUCCGGGGUAGGUAGUACAGUGGUCCUGCUGAUCCAUUUGGGGCAGGAAUGUCAACAUAUGUGGACUAAUCCAGAAUUCUGGCUUGCAGCUCCUCUUCCCCUAAGUACUUCCUUCGAUUUCUAAACUGCUUCUCUCCUUGUGCGUUUCUGCUCCCUGGAGCUCAGUCUUGCUUGUCUUCUGGUUGUGGCCUGGUGCUAGUCUUUUCCACUUCUCACUCCCCUGUUGUGCAGCCUUACACCAUUCUUAAUGCCUUUCUAUGUGGUAACUACUAUGGAAGAUUACUCCAGUUGCAUCUCAAGCUGCACUCAGUUACCUCUUGGUCUCUUUUUGGUGUCAGGCUUGGGAUUCUUCCUCUGACAGGAACAGGCUAUCUGCUUGGACAAGAGAGUCACUUCAUAAAGCUUUAUGAAGUGCUUUAUAGCUAGCUCUGUAACCAGGAUUCCUUGGCCUGGGCUACAUAAGCAUGCCUGGCCAGACUUACCUCUGGUGCUCCUAUAAUAGAAAGGUUUUUCAUUUUGGCAGUCGACACUUACAGUUGGGCAGCAGUCUCCCAAUUAAAACAUUUUAUAGCCUGCUGAAUUUUGAGUCACGGAGCAAAUAAUAUGCGCACACAACAUGCAUAUACAGUCGGCCCUCUGUAUCUAUGGUUUGAAGCAUCCAUGGCUUGAAAAUAUUUUUCAGAAACUCCAUCAAGCAAACCUUGAUUUUGCUAUUUUAUAUAAGGGAUACUGUUUUACUAUCCUCAAAUUAACACCUGUUCUGUUGAACAGAGAGCUCUGUAAAAUAUUUCAUGUCAGAGAAAUGAUCCCGUUAUACCCCAAUUAAGUGCUGAGAUUCAUUGUCAUCUUAAUCCAAUAUAGCAUGGAAAUGCCAAACAGAGCAGCGUACCUGGCCCUGUUUGUCCCCAGCAGGGUCCUAACGGGUCAGUAUGAGUGAUUUCUUAUUUUGCUCCAGCUCUAGUACUAGAUCCUAUUUUGGGGAUGGCUCUCACAGGAUAACUGUUGUGGUGCUAUAGGUUUAUGUGCUUUAGAAUCAUAGAGUUGGAAGAGACCACAAGGGCCAUCCAGUCCAACCCCCUUCUGCUAUGCAGGAAAUCCAAAUCAAAGCAUCCCUGACAGAUGGCCAUCCAGACUCUGAAGACCUCCAAGGAAGGAGGCUCCAUCCUCCUCCAAGGGAGUGUGUUCCACUGGUGAACAGCCCUUACUGUCAGGAAAUUUCUCCUAAUGUUGAGAUGGAAUCUCAUUUCCUGUAUUUAGUGCUUAACUUUGUUCAGUAUAUACAAUAGCAAGUACAUUUCUAUACCACUUAUCAGUGCACUUAAGCACUCCCUAAGUGGUUUACAAAGUGUAAGCUAAUUGCUCCCAACAAUUUGGUAACUCGUUUUAGCGAUGCUUCAGCCCUUUUGCUAGUAUUGAACUUGCAACCUUAUGGUUUUGAGUGAGUGGCUGCAAUACAGGCAUUUAACCACUGUGCCACAAUGGCUCCUGCUGCAGACUGCCCUUUCUGAAAUCUCUUUAGCAAUGAGGAGGCUCUUUGAUGGUGUACCGUGUUAUGUGCCUCCAGGUCAACUCUUUCACUGUACAGUGAACCCCACAGUUUUCUUGACAAGAUUUAUUCAGAAGUUGUUUCCUCUUAGGCUGAGAGCAUGGGGACUUACUCAAGACCCCUCCCCUCAAGUGGGUUUCUGUGGCUGAGGAGAUUUGAUCACGCCAGGUCCUUGUACACUACAAGAUACCAGGCCUUAAAAUUUGUUUAUGUGGGCCACCCAAGUCAUUUUUGACUUAUGGUGACCCUAAAGUGAAUGUACCAUAGGGUUUCCUUGACAAGAUUUGUUCAGAGGGGUUUGCCAUUGCCUUAUCUGAGGCUGAAAGAGUGGGCUUGCCCAAAGUCACUCUGGGUUUUUUAUGCUUAAGCUGAGCAUUGAAUCCUGAUCUCCAGAGUCAUAGUCCAAUGCUCAAACCACUACACCACACUGGCUCUUGGGUCUUAAAAUACUGGGCUUCAAAGUACCAAACCAGGUCUUGAAAGCUAAAUGACCUAUGCUACCAGAUCUGAAAAUUCAGGUUGAGUCUCCCUUAUCUGCAAUUCUAAAGUAUUCCAAAACUCCACAUCUGUGGCUGAGACAAGGACACCUUUGCUUUCUGAUGGUUCAGUGUACAUCGACUUUAUUUUCUGCACAAAAUGAUUUAAAAUACUGUGCAUAAAAUUACUUUCAGGCUAUGUGUAUAAUGGGUAUAAGAAAUAUAAACAAU